CUCUCUUCUCCCCAGCAACCGACCAAAGAAGCCCUGCCACCACCGCCUACUCCUCUUGAAAAAUUGAUCUGCUCUGUUCUCCUUGCCCCUGUCCGUGAGUUGCUCUUGCCGGUGAGAGUGCUUUCGGUUUUCUGAUCCCGCCAACGUUCCCAUCGCCAGCUCCAAUUUCUUUGCUUGCUGAAUUUUCUGGUUCCUGCUUAUUCUAUCACCCUAGCUCUUGAAGUGAGUUUUCUGCUUUAUGCGAUUGAGGUAAGUAAAUUUAUGGUAAUACCCGUAUAGUUUUUAAAAGCAUAUUUUGACUUGUUUUUGAAGUGGUGGCGGGACUAAACCCAUUUUAUACAAAAGUAAGUAUAACUGAUUUGAAGUGAAAUUUUUAUGCUUUUCAUUAAAUUGAGCAUGCCUACUUGAAAUUUAAUUGAUUAUCCUGAUGAUCUGAAAGUGAUUGGUGAAUUAUGGUUUUUUUGUUAACUUAUACUUAUUUUGUCUCCGAUGUGGUCAUGUUAUUAGUGUGCCUGCUGGUGGGAGGUUUAUAAACGCUAGCACAUGUCGACAUGUUAUUGAUAGAACUGGUUCGUUCGAGUGACCCUGCUAGUGGGGGUUAUACACGAACAAAUAGUGUAGCCUGUCAGUGGGAGGUUUAUAACACUGGCCAUGACCUAUAGAGGAGACGUCUAUUUAGUUCUCGUACUGUAUUCGUUUUUUGUGAUUACACUUGUUGGCAUGCUAUAAGUUUAAUAGGGGGCACUCCAUAUUUUACUUACUGAGUUUAUCUCAUAGUUUUCCUUGUCCACCAUUUCAGGUAGUGAGACCCGACACACGGGGAGCCUGGGAGAGUGACGAGCUAGGCAGCUAGGCAUUAUUUUGGACUUAGAUUUUAUAGCUAGGCCGCUAGUCACCCAUGCUUGACAUAGAAAUUUUGUGUACAGAGCUUCCUUAGUUUUAGUCAUGAUCGUAUAUAUGAAGUUAUAAAUUUUGUACAUCUUGACUGGUAAAUAUUUGGUAAAUAAAAAGGUUUAGAUCUGAAUUGUCUGAAUUGCUAAGUAAGAACUCAGUAGGUUCCGAGUCUUGUGUAUUUGUGGGCCCUGUUCACGAGUGCAUGACGCUUGUCUCGCUUCGGGGUUUGGGGCGUGACAAGCUUCUUUGAUUUUUGAUAGUUUUCUUUCUAUUUCUACCUUGAUAAUCAAAGGUAUAUUUAUUA